CUCCACUAAGUCCAAGAAAGGUUACAGGAAUACUUGAUGUCUUGAUGGCCUAUUCCAAAUAUAUAAUCUUCUUGUAGUUUCUCACGAAUCCAGAUCCUCUCACUCAUCACUAGCUAUGGCUUUCUCUGUAAUAAGAUCAGCUCGAAGCAUGGUUGGACCGGCAGAGGAGACACCCUCUGGCAUGCUUGAUCUUUCAUUCAUGGACAAACUAUCAGGUGUGCAGCACGGUGUUAGAUCACUGCAUGUAUACAGCCAUGGCCAUGAACCCGCUAAGAUCAUAAGAGAGGCUUUGUCCAGGGCUCUGGUUCCAUACUAUCCACUUGCGGGGAGGCUGAAGAAAUCAAGCAAUGGUGAUACCCAGGUUUCCUGCACUGCGGAAGGUGUUUGGUUUGUGGAGGCGUCUUCCAAUUGUAGCCUGGCUGCUGUCAACUAUUUCGAUAACAAUUUCAGUACUAUUCUGCACCAUGAGCUUAUUCCGGAUCACCCUCCAGAGUCAGAUGGCCUGGAUCUGCCCAUCCGAAUGCAGGUGACCCAGUUUACAUGCGGUGGAUUUGUCAUAGGUCUUGUACUCAGCCACACUACGUGCGAUGGCCUAGGAUCUGCUCAGUUCCUAAAAGCUGUGGGUGAGUUUGCUAGAGGCCUCCAGCAGCCAAGCAUUGUCCCUGUGUGGAGUAGAGAAGUUAUUCCGACUCCUGCACGACUAUUAGCACAAGCAUCCACCAAACAAAAACUACUGCCAGAGCCACCACUUUCCCUGCCCGACCACAAGCUCGAGAGCAUCUCUAUAGACAUUUCACUAGACCGAAUCAGUCAGCUCAAGCGUGAGUUCCAACAAUCCACUGGCCAAACUUGCACAACCUUCGAACUCAUCGUUGCCAGCAUCUGGAGCAGCCGAACCAGAGCUGUAAACUUCCAUUGUGACACCAAUGUCACACUGAUGUACCUUGCCAAUGGCCGUCAGCUCUGCAACCCACCAUUACCGGAAGGUUUCUACGGCAACUGCUUCUUCCCAGUAAGCAUAAAGGCAUCUAGUAAGACGGUGUCACUGGCGUCAAAUGCCGAGGUCGUUAAACUGGUACAAGAAGGGAAAUAUAGGCAGAAGGAACAAUUCAGAAAAUGGAUGGAUGGUAUUUUCUCGGAACCCGGAGAGAACCCAUAUGAUCCCUCUGUCGCCUACAGGAAGUUAGUCGUAUCUGAGUGGGGUCGAUUAGGGUUCAGCCAGGUUAAUUUUGGGUGGGGUCCCCCUGUCCACAUGAUUCCUGUUGACGGUUCUAGCAUCGUCCCUCUUGUGAUAAUAGGGACCCCACCUACUCCAAAGAAGGGUUUCCGUCUGAUGACAUGGUGCGUCAAGGGGACCCACAUGCCACACCUUGUUGAAGAGAUGAAGCACCUAGCUUGAAGGAAUCAAUAUUAAAGAAUAAGUAAAACAAGAAUAAUAAGAAGUGAUAGAGAUGGGAAGCUAGCUGUUGUUAUUAAGAUAAAUGGGGUUGUGUAUAAUUAGUGUAGGGCUCUUGAUGGGGAUGUGCACUUUGUGACCUCUUCUCUGGCUUGUCUGGACAUGGGCGCUGUAUCCAUCACUCAGCUUUCGUUAUGUAGAUUUUUCAUGGAUUCUAUAGAUUUUACUUUGCUAAGCAGGGAUGGUGUUUUUUUGCAUUAAUAAAACAAGCGCUUGGAAAAUUUCUUCCACCAAAAGGAGGUGGGAGUUGGGACUUCACUUCAA